GCUGUUGCUAAGAUGCAAUGGCGGCUGCGCUAAGGAGUCAAGAGUUGAAUGAGUUCUAAAUCCAAGGGGCUCGUGACAGAAACGGACGUGAGUAGUAAACGGAGGCAUUCGAAUCAGUGAAGCACUGUAGUCUGUCAUACUGCUUGCAGAUGUGGCUAGGCAUGCCAGCUAGCAUUGUCUAGCUCUUAAUGUCAUGACAGACGGAGAACGAACCAAGGGCUUUCUCACACAUCUGUAUCCCGUCGUACUAGCGAGCGAGCCAGCCAGCAAGCGAGCAGCACCACCCAUCUCUAUACGGGCACUCGCGGGCCAAAAGAGCGGAAAGGUUCAAUAUUUGGUCCGCAGUAGGAUCUUGACGCAACCGUUUUGAAUUUGGAGUAGAUCAUUAUGGCAGAGAGAAAUUCUACCGGAUUGCUGAUGAUGAUGUUGGAGCCGACACCGGCGAUUGCAAUGACACUCCCGGCGGAGGUUCGCGAGAAGCUGGCCGAGCUCGAGCUGGAACUCUCCGAAGGGGAUAUCACUCAGAAGGGCUAUGAGAAGAAGAGAGGCAAGCUGCUGGCCCCCUACAUCCCACAGAUACAAGGAGUAGACCCCUCGCUACAGACGGACAACCGUAUCCAGACGUCCUCCCAGGCCGUCCUUCCGGGGUCAAAGCAGAACAAGUCCCGGGCUGCCAACUCACGGGAUGAGCGCUUCAGAUCUGAUCUCCACACAGAAGCCGUCCAAGCAGCCUUGGCCAAGUACAAAGAGAGAAAGAUGCCCAUGCCCUCCAAGAGACGCUCCGUGUUGGUGCAGUCCUCCGUAGAGGCAUGCACACCCCCAGACACCUCCUCUGCGUCGGAGGACGAGGGCUCGCUGCGGCGCCAGGGACGGCUCCACACCACCUCCACGCCCUACCAGGGUUCCCACUCCACUGUAGAGCACUGGUUUAACCGCGUCAUCCAGGGCUCGUCCACAUCAUCCUCAGCCUCAUCCACAUCAUCCCACCCGGGAGGGAGGGCCGCCCACGCCGCCAACGCCAACGCUGCCGUCACGGCCCUGGCCGACCUCAUGGCACACACCCAGCUAGAUAACCACUCGGCCCCCCCGGACGUGACUGGCCUAUCAGAGCGCUCGCUGCACGGCGAGUCUCCCCAGGUGGGCUCCGUCAGAGGGGUCCCCCGGGGCUUCAACCACGCCAGCGCCAUGGAGACCGCAGAUGCUACAGAGUUUGACUGGAGAGCUGAUGGAGCCCUUGGUGUAACACCUGGUGUCCCUGUCAACAGCAGAGUGUCCUCUAAGAUCCAGCAGCUACUGAACACCCUGAAGAGACCCAAGAGGCCCCCGCUGCGGGAGUUCUUUGUGGAUGACUGCGAGGAGCUCCUGGACGUCCAGCAGCCGGACCCCAACCAGCCGCGGGCAGAGGGGCAACAGAUGAGCCCCCUGGGCGGGGACCCCCUGGGGGUGGGGACCAACUGGCCCCCCUCCUUGCCUGCGGCCCUCCAUCGCUGGGGCACCACUCAGCCCAAGAGCCCCUGCCUAACGGCUCUGGACAAUGCUGGAAAGCCUGUCUACACCCUCACCUACGGUAAGCUUUGGACACGGAGUGUGAAGCUGGCCUACACCCUCCUGAACAAGCUGAGCACGAGGAACGAACCCCUGCUGAUGCCUGGGGACCGGGUUGCUCUGGUGUUCCCCAACAAUGAUCCUGUGAUGUUCAUGGUAGCGUUCUAUGGCUGCCUGCUAGCAGAACUGGUGCCUGUGCCUAUCGAGGUGCCUCUCACACGCAAGGAUGCAGGAAGUCAACAGAUCGGCUUCCUGUUGGGGAGCUGUGGCGUGACGUUGGCACUGACCACAGACGCCUGUCAGAAAGGACUGCCCAAAGCUCAGACAGGGGAGGUGGCCACCUUCAAAGGCUGGCCACGGCUGCUCUGGUUUGUAACAGACGGUAAACAUGUUGUGAAGCCCCCUAAAGACUGGCACCCUCUGAUACGAGAAGCUAGCGACGACAUUGCUUAUAUAGAGUACAAGACCAGUAAGGAGGGCAGCACCAUGGGCAUCACUGUGUCUCACUCAGCCAUGCUGGCUCACUGCCACGCCCUCACACAGGCCUGUGGCUAUACUGAAGCUGAAACCAUCACCAAUGUCCUGGACUUCAAGAGAGACUCAGGGCUGUGGCACGGAGUUCUCACCAGUGUGAUGAACCGGAUGCACGUGAUCAGCAUCCCCUACUCCCUGAUGAAAGUCAAUCCUCUUUCCUGGAUCCAGAAAGUUCACACGUACAAAGCACGAGUGGCGGUGGUGAAGUCCAGGGACAUGCACUGGUCCCUGCUGGCCCAGAGAGACCAGAGAGACGUCAGCCUCAGUUCUCUCAGGAUGCUCAUUGUGGCGGACGGAGCCAACCCCUGGUCAAUAUCCUCCUGCGACGCCUUCCUCAACGUGUUCCAGGCCCGGGGGCUUCGUCCUGAGGUGAUCUGCCCGUGCGCCAGCUCUGCUGAGGCUAUGACCGUCGCCCUCCGCAGGCCCCCAGAGAUGGGUGUGCCCCCCCCAGGGAAGGCAGUUUUGUCCAUGGGGGGGCUGAGCCACAGUGUGAUCCGGGUGGACACUGAGGAGAAGCUGUCUGUGCUUAGCGUGCAGGAUGUGGGCCAGGUCAUGCCUGGAGCCCUGGUGUGUGUGGUGCGUGUGGAGGGCACACCGUACCUCUGCCAGACGGACGAGGUGGGGGAGAUCUGUGUGAGCUCAGCCAGCACUGGUGUGGCCUACUACGGCCUGCCUGGCAUGACCAAGAACAUCUUUGAGACCAUCCCAGUGACUCUAUCAGGAGCUCCUAUCAGUGAUCGUCCAUUCACCAGGACUUCUCUUCUGGGCUUCAUAGGACCGGAUGACCUGGUGUUUGUCGUGGGUAAAAUGGAUGGCUUGAUGGUGGUCAGUGGGCGGAGACACAACGCUGAUGACGUGGUUGCCACGGCGCUGGCGGUGGAGCCCAUGAAGUUUGUCUACAGGGGGAGGAUAGCGGUGUUCUCUGUGUCUGUGCUCCAUGAUGAGAGGAUUGUGGUGGUGGCAGAGCAGAGGCCUGAUGCCUCUGAGGAAGACAGCUUCCAGUGGAUGAGCCGUGUUCUCCAGGCCAUAGACAGCAUCCACCAGGUGGGUCUGUACUGCCUGGCCCUAGUGCCUGCCAACACGCUCCCCAAAGCCCCACUGGGGGGCAUCCACAUCUCGGAGACCAAGCAACGCUUCCUGGAUGGGGCGCUGCACCCCUGCAAUGUCCUCAUGUGCCCCCACACCUGUGUCACCAACCUGCCCAAGCCCCGGCAGAAACAGCCAGAGGUGGGUCCUGCUUCUAUGAUAGUGGGCAACCUGGUGGCAGGCAAGAGGAUCGCCCAGGCCUGUGGCAGAGACGUGUCCCAACUGGAGGACAAUGACCAGUUCCUGUACAUGCAGGAUGUGUUACAAUGGAGGGCCCAGGCCACGCCAGACCACCCUCUCUUCCUGGUGCUCAAUGCCAAGGGCGCGGUGGCAAGCACAGCUUCCUGUCUGCAGCUGCACAAGCGGGCAGAGCGCGUUGCCGUGGCGCUGAUGGAGAAAGGCCGUCUCAACACGGGAGACCACGUGGCGCUGGUCUACCCUCCUGGCAUCGACUUGAUCGCCACCUUCUAUGGGUGUCUAUAUGCUGGCUGUGUGCCAGUCACUGUCCGACCCCCUCACCCCCAGAACCUGGCAACCACCCUGCCCACUGUCAAGAUGAUCGUUGAGGUCAGUAAGUCUGUGUGCAUCCUGACCACUCAAGCAAUAAUGAAGCUCCUGAGAUCCAAAGAGGCAGCAGCUGCUGUGGAUGUAAAGAGUUGGCCCAUGGUGCUGGACACAGACGACCUCCCUAGGAAGAAGAGCCCCCAGAUCUACAAGCCACCCACCCCUGAGAUGUUGGCCUACCUUGACUUCAGCGUGUCCACUACAGGCAUCCUGGCAGGGGUCAAGAUGUCCCAUGCUGCUACCAGUGCCUUGUGUCGCUCCAUCAAGCUGCAAUGUGAGCUCUACCCUUCACGGCAGAUCGCCAUCUGCCUGGACCCCUAUUGUGGCCUGGGCUUCGCUCUCUGGUGCCUGUGCAGCGUGUACUCGGGCCACCAGUCCAUCCUGGUUCCUCCUCUGGAGCUGGAGAGCAGCGUGUCUCUGUGGCUGUCUGCCGUCAGCCAGUACAAGGUCCGCGUCACCUUCUGUUCCUACUCUGUCAUGGAGAUGUGCACCAAGGGGCUGGGCUCUCAGACAGAGGCUCUACGGCUGCGUAACGUGAACUUGUCAUGUGUGCGCACCUGCAUGGUGGUGGCAGAGGAGCGGCCGCGCAUCACCCUCACCCAGUCCUUCUCCAAGAUCUUCAAAGACCUGGGCCUGUCGCCACGCGCCGUCAGCUCCACCUUCGGCUGCAGGGUCAACGUGGCUGUAUGUCUGCAGCCCAACAGGCUAGGGAAGCUGGCUGAGCAGGGCACAGCAGGACCAGACCCCACUACAGUCUACCUGGACAUGAGAGCGCUGCGACACGACAGGGUGAGGUUGGUGGAGAGAGGCUCACCACACAGCCUGCCUCUGAUGGAGUCUGGCAAGAUUCUGCCUGGGGUAAAGGUCAUCAUCGCCAACACCGAAACCAAAGGCCCGCUGGGAGACUCCCACUUAGGAGAGAUAUGGGUAAGCAGCCCCCACAAUGCUACAGGCUACUACACGGUAUAUGGAGAGGAGGCGCUACAUGCAGACCAUUUCAGUACCAAGCUCAGCUUCGGAGAUACCCAGACCGUUUGGGCCCGGACCGGCUACCUGGGUUUCUUGCGCCGCACGGAGCUCACAGACGCCAGCGGAGAGCGCCAUGAUGCCCUGUACGUGGUGGGAUCCCUGGAUGAGACCCUGGAGCUGAGAGGGAUGAGGUAUCAUCCAAUUGACAUUGAGACCUCUGUUAUCCGCUCACACAAAAGCAUCGCUGAAUGUGCUGUGUUCACCUGGACCAACCUACUGGUGGUGGUGGUGGAGCUGGAGGGCUCCGAGCAGGAGGCCCUGGACCUGGUGGCCCUGGUCACCAAUGUGGUCCUGGAGGAGCAUUACCUGAUCGUGGGCGUAGUGGUGGUGGUCGACCCCGGGGUCAUCCCCAUCAACUCACGCGGGGAGAAGCAGCGCAUGCACCUGAGGGACGGCUUCCUGGCUGACCAGCUGGACCCCAUCUACGUAGCCUAUAACAUGUAGACAAACUUGGGGUGUCCAAAGAGGUGGGAAGGCCUCUGUGUGUGGAUGCAGCUCAGCUGCGUGAGAACAGAGGAAGGAACAGUACUGUCUGUCUCAGUGCGGCUGACAAACUUUGUUUGGUGCGGGCGGACAACUCACUUGUAGAAAACAGAGAGAAUGUGGGAAGAGGAAAAAAGAAUGGGGAAAAAAACAACCUGGGAUGAAAGCAACUGAAGUAACCCUCUGUGUUUGUGUUUCAUUGCAGGAUGUUGCAUACCUGGCUUUAUUAUAGGUUCCUUUUCAGUUCUGCCACCUUAAUGUCAGCUGCAGUAGCCAUUCACUUGUGCCAUAAACCACUUAUUGAGUUUCUAAAUUCUUACUUUUCAAAAUGUACUUUCAAAUAUGGAUCAUUCAUUUACUGUUUUUAUUUCAAUGCAAAAAAUGCAAUAUGCUAGAAACUUUGUCGCAUUAAAUUACUUGUGAUGUUGACAUGAUUUUCUUUAACUCAUAAGGUGACAAGGAACAUAAUCAUAAUUUAGCAUUAGCAACUUGCCAAAUGUUUUAAAUUAAGCCUUAAAUAUUUCCAGAUACCUAUUCCUAGCUGUUUAAACUUCAUGUAGGUUUGUGAAGAGGUGAAGAUGGACAUGACAUUAUUUCAUGAUUGCAAACAAAGUACUUCUGGCAUAAUUAUAUAAAUAUAGGUGAUCUGAUUAUCUUUUAAAUACAUGCUUCUUACAAACCUAAGUUCCGGUGUCUCUUAUGUAGUUUCACACUCUCGCUCCAGUAAUUGUGUCUUUGACCAUCUCCAUCUGGAACUACUGCACUGCAUAAGUGGUAACAAACAGGAGCACUUAGUAACUAGGCGGGCAACUGUCUCACCUAACAUUAGCCAGAGAAGAGCUCAUGGUUUUGAGAUUUUAUUCAAUUGCAUGUACUGUAUGAGGCUAAGUUAGGCUUACCCCGUUCAACAUACCACAAAUUGUACAGACCACUUGUGAAUGGUUUAUUUCUUUUAUAUGUGCACACCAGUUUGGAAACAGGCAGCAAGCCUGCUGUAAUUAUGUACAGGUUUUGUGUAAGUUAUUUCUGUGUCAGGUUGACUGUUCAUAACCUAAUACUUAUGAACAAGACUGAAACUGGUGAAACUUAUCCCCAUUUCCCCCUGAAUAACAUAAGUUUUAAAUGGUUUCUCUUGUAGGAAGACAAUAGCUACAGGAGCCUUGUAAACAUUUUGUAUUGUAUAGACACUGGGGACUGGCUACUUGAGAGAUGACACGAAAGCACACGCUUCUUCAGUUAUAGUGACAGAGAUGUGAGAGCGCUCAUCCUCAAGACAUAUCCAAGGAUGUGUCUUGUAUUCUGGCAAAUAGAGGUUGCAUUGUCUGAUACGGUUUGUUGUCAUUAUUUUCAUAACAUGGUUUCUAAUAUAAAUUAAAUAAAUACAGUGCUUUUAUUCAAUG